GAGCUAUUAACUGCAGCCCACCAGCGUAAAUGAGUAAUUUUGAAACGUGAACGACGGGUUUGCUAUUGAAGCACAAUAAAUAAAGAAGUUUCUCAUUCUAUGUUGUGUAGUUUGACCGAAUGCUUAAAUUGAAUCGAUUCAUCGGCUGAGUGUUGAAUUAAUUUUAUUUCUUUUCGGUUAAUUUCGUAAUCAAUCAUCCAAGAUUUUGAACAACAAAAAUGGGGAUAAUUUCCUAUUUUACAUGGAUUGCAUUUUUACUUUAUUCCGUUCAGGCAACUGGUUCCAUUGAGGAUUUCGACGACUCAUUCGAAGAUUUUAUGGAAAAGGAAUUUGAAAAUGAACAGGAUUUUACACAUCCAUUCCGAUUCACUGAUUCUUUUCCAUUUAAACGUAAUAAGUUUGACCUAGGACAACGAAUCGCUGCGGAGGUGCAACGCCAUUUGAGCCCUUUGAAAAACUUACAAGCGUCGAUACAGGCAGAGGUAAAUGAGAAAUUGGAACCCGUCCGUGCUUUGGAGAUAAUGUCAAAAAUGACCAGAGGAGUCGGUGGAACAACCGUCAUCGUCUACACUUCUCCUAAACCUACCAAACUGCUGGUCAAAAAUGGCGAAAUAUACAUAUGUACAGCCGAUAAAAUAGAUGAUGCUCCAAUGUGCGCUUCGAAAAAACUAUUUUCUAUAAAAGACAAGGAAGAUUAUUGUUAUAGUCGAACAUAUGCUCUUGGAAAUGAUAACAUUUGUAUCGCAAAUUCCGCGAACGCCGGCAUAUCAGUUGUUGUAUUCAAUAAUAAAUUUAUUUGCCAUACUGAUAACGACCACGAAAAGCUCGUACUAAAAAUUAGCGAAUAUAAAAAAUUAUGUGGGAGAAAUCCUUGGGAUGUGUUCUUCACUUAUUAUCCCGAUAAGUCGGAUCCUUCAGCAGUUAAAAUACCCAACGACAAUCCAUACGUUUCUUGCACCCAAACGAAAAAUGGGGGAUGUUUCUUUAAGGGAGAUAGCAUUUAUGGAAAGAACUUUGCCUCAAUGGGAAAUAAUGUAAAUAUCGUACAAACUUUUUAAUGAAUUAAUUUUUGAAAUAUGUAUAUUUUACGUCUCAGUAAUGUUUUUAUCGAUAACAUUGUUUAUUAACUUUUUAUGUUUCCGUAAAUAAACAAGAACUUCAUAAUU